UGGUCUGCUUGUUCUUGAACCGCACAAUCACCGCACUAACCUAGUCCUGCGACUCCUAUAUAACAUCACAGUUCAGAAGAUCCUUCAAGUGAUCGCAGACCGAAAGAAGAACAUCAUGUGUCAAUACGAAGUGAUCCACUUUCACUGCGGUCAUGCAGGCCGGCGAUUGAUCAAGCACUGUCACGUCGCCCGCAAUACGGCGGAUCAUCAGUGUUUCGGUGCCUGGUCCAUCAAGCGCGAGUGGGUUAGCGCGAACCAGUUGUGUCAGUCUUGCAACCAGCAGCAAGCUGUCAUUCGACGAGCGCAUCAGGCGCAGAUGCGAAUCUGAAGGCAGCUUCCUACGGCACUGCAUUCCAUUAUUCGGGUACUGUCGGUACUGCUCCUUUGGGCGACAUGCGUUCGUGACCAUACUCAUCUAAGUGCUUUGAUUUGGCGUUGGGUCGGUAACCAACAUGAGCACACGAAUGUCAGCAAGUCAACCGGUUGGGGGUGGAAGUCUAGGCAGGUCAGAGGCGUCCUCGGAAAUGAUCGUGAGUCUUCAUGCUUGUACGGCUGAUCUACGC